AGUACCUCCUGCACUUCCUAACUGCAGGGUCGGCGUGCAGGGUGCAGAGGCGAAGCAAGCUGGCAUGAUGCAGGUACUUCUCCAGAACAGCCGGCUGGUCCUGGCUCUCGCCUUCAUCCUGGUUUUGGGUUCUUCGGUUCAAGGUUUACCUGUGCGGAGAGCCAGGUACCAGAGGGUCCGCUGUAAUCCUGACAGUAAUUCUGCAAACUGCAUUGAUGAAAAGGGACCAAUGUUCGACCUGCCUCCGGGUGAAUCCAACAGAAUCCUCCCUCCAAGGACUGACCCUUUUACAUUCCAGAACUGGAAUGACGUCUUCCCUCUUUCUGAGGACAAUUCUGGCUCAGGCUCUGGCAGUGGCUCUGGAGGUGACGACUUCCUGGCUGCAGAGGAGGGUGACUACCAACCAGUAGAUACGAAUGAUGCUUUUUACUACAACUUUAAGCCUGUGCCCAGAGACGACCAGGACUUGGGUCAAGAUGGACCAGAAGAUAAUUUUAUUAUAUAAAAGAGAGGGUUUCCUCCCUUGACACCAGGCAAUGUGUUCAGUCUAUUUUGUAUACCAUAGUUAAAUGGUUUGGGGACAAAAAAUUAUAUAGAAAUUUUAAAACAUCUGAAAAAGAAGUUUGUUUUAUCACCUCCCCCCUCCAUGAAUUAUUAAAGCCUCCUUUAUCUAUACAAUUGUCCUAGAAAAUACUUGCAUUUUCUUUGUAUCAUAUUCAAAUCAAUAUCACUAUGAAAUUAACUAGAUUUCCCAU